CUUGCUCGCAUUCUUCGUGGCACUUUGCAAGAAACAACAAUGCAGAUCGCAACUAUUUUCCUUUUUAUGUUCAUUUCGCCGAUUCUGGGCCUCACAGACGAGGAAAGAUCAGAAAUCGUCAACAAUCACAACAACUACAGGGCCAAUGUUCAACCUGCAGCUGCUGAUAUGCUCAGCAUGUCUUGGCACCCUGAUGCGGAAAAAUCGGCACAGCUAUGGGCCAGCCAGUGCAAGAAACUCGUCCACGACAACAGCGAGAAUAUGAAUGACGGCAAGUACGGCCACUGCGGGCAAAACAUUUUUGUUUCGUCGGGCCAACUGCCGUGGAGCACGGCGGUGAAAGCGUGGUACUCGGAGGUGAGUAAGUUCAAGUACGGCUCGUCGAGGAACAAUUUCGCCGAAAUCGGGCACUACACGCAAGUGGUCUGGGCCCAAAGUCACAAAGUCGGCUGCGGAUACGCUCAGUGCCGAGACUCCACCGGAUAUUUCCACAAUUACGUGUGCAACUAUUGCCCAGCUGGAAACGUUGUGGGAAAAAUCAACACGCCGUACAAAGCUGGCGCCAAGUGCUCGGCGUGCCCAAACUCGUGUCUUUCGAACGGACUUUGCGCCCAAAAAUGAUCAGCGUUUGAAUGUAUACUUUGAUCGCUUGAAC